UGGGGUAGGGGGGGGUUCAAAUUGCAUAAUAUAUGUAAUAUGUCUCAUUAUUCACAUAACUUACUAGCAAACAUGAAGAACAUGGAUUGGUAUUCUUGGUUAUCCAAGACUAGCCUUGAUCAAGAACUUAUCUAUGAGUAUGGUCUUGUUUUUAGUAGAAAUGAGCUUCAAAAGGAGGACUUGAUUUACUUCAAUCAUGAAUUCCUUCAAAGUAUGGGGAUAAUUGUAGCCAAACAUAGGCUAGAGAUUCUCAAAUUGGCUCGAAAGGAAGGCGGAGGCGGAGGAGGAACAACCUCAUCAUCAAAUGGUCUUUCAAGACUUGUUUUGGCAAUCAACAAAACCAAGAAGCUACUUGCCAAGAACUUGAGCAAGCUCAGUAUCCACCGAGCUUCGACUCGUCUAGCUCUCUCCGAGCUCAAACCUUAUCGAACACAAUGGACCGGAGCACUAAGGAAGCUCGAGAGCUCGAAGGAAGAGAAAGCCAUAGUCACAACAAGAAGCAUGACAAUGAAGUCAGGACCACUAGACAGAAGAAUGCAAGACAAAUUUAUGGCCACCAACAGAAAUCUGAGUGCCUCAGGUCCUCUGGAUGGGAGAGUACUUCAAGAAAAGUUGAUGUACCCUAAUAGGAGUCCAAUGAAGUCUGGGCCAUUGGACAGAAGAUACAAAGACAGUGCUGUUUAUCCAAGCAGAAUCAAUAAAUCUGGUCCAUUGGAUGCAAUGGGCUAUAGUAGCCCAAGACUUAAUCACUACAAUCAAGAAAUGAUACCAGCUGAUGAUGGGGUUAUCUACUCACAAUGGUCUUUAAUGUUUCAAGAUAUGAAGCCCACUUGACAACUCAAAUGAAGCUUUCAUCUUGUAAGACUUGCUGCAGAUUAAAGAAUCCUAGGAUAGUAUGUUUGUUUGUUUUUAUAACUGUGGUGUCCGGGGCCAGCUUGCGCGCACCUCGAGAUACCUACCACCUUCACUAGUACUAGUACUAGGUGCCAGGUAACUCUGAUGGGAAGAAAUCACCUAGGUUAGUAUGUUUUUUGGUAAAUAUCUGUUUGUUUUUUUAGUAGCAAAAGGUAAAGAGUGCAUUCUUAAGGUAUGGCACACAGGCAUGGGGUUUGCUGUCUCAACAAUCCUUGUUCUGUUGUAACCUUUUUUUUCUGCAUUUGUGUACUUGAAAGUCUUGAACUUUAAUAUCAAAUAUGUAUGAUGGUUGGUUCAUA